UGUUGACUUAGUUUAGAGAGCGGCUGUACUUGUCAGACAGAAGUGGAUUUAGAGUGGAGAAAGAGACAUUCGAUCAGACAUAAAGAGGUCUUAAAGGACAUAUUAGUAGUUGGUGAGAUUGAGGAAAAAGAGAGCUUCUGUGAUGACACCUGCUUCAGCAAAGCGGGCCUUACCUCUGGCAGCUGUCGUGGCCGUGCUGACUUGUGUGUGGCUCCCGGGGGUCCAGGCAGGAGUGGUGGGGGACUUCAACCAUGUGGAGCGCUGUAAGGACUCCCUCUACAUGGGCACUCCACCCAGAGGCUACCUCAGCACCUCCUUUACGAAGAUCUGCCAGAGGUACGAGGAUAAACCCCGCUUUGUCACCCUGUACGACUCCCAAAGACACAUUCCAAUUUAUUCUGCAUAUACAUUCAAGAAGUCUGAUGGGGAGAAGCAGGUGGACUUCCCGUGGAUGUUUGAGCCCCAGCUGGCCUCAGAUAAGAGCAGCAGUAACAUGGAGCCCUUCCCUCAAUCUACAAGCAUGCACAUGAACUUCGAGGACACACAGGCAGUGCUGGAGGACUACGCUGAUGUGGUUCAGUACGAACGUGGCCAGCUGAAUCCUGACGAGCAUCAGGCUGACCCCCUGGACAAAGCCUCCACCUACAGCUUGACGAAUGUGGUGCCCCAGAUCAGGGAGUUCAACAUCGGUCCCUGGGCAGAACACCGGGACCUAAUUCGCAAACGUCUCAACAACUACUGCCGGGGCAAAGCCUACGUGGUCACCGGGGUCACCACCUCCGGGCACACCAUCCGUCGCAACAACCUGGACCGGGUGGCUGUACCGGAGUACCUGUGGUCGGCCUACUGCUGCACCGAGUUUGACCAAAAUGCACCGUACUUUGUGCGCUACAAGUUCCCCGUGUUUGCAGCUUAUGGGCUCAACGACCGUGUCAACAACCACAUGGUGGAGGUUCCUCUGAAGAACAUGGAGAAGUUUCUCAAGGGGAGGAUGGAUGUGGAUAAGAACUUCCAGAUUUUCUAUAGUGACUGUGUGCCAGAUAUCUAAUUAUAAUGUGGCAGUAAAAUGUGGUCAAACAUUUCACUGUGGGAAGGUUUUGGGUUCCAGAAGCUUGAAAUAUGCCUGGAAAUAAUAUAUUGUAAGCAAUAAAUUGGGAAAUUGGAGUGAGUCCAAAUUAAAAUAUGAUUUGCCCUAUCAAUUACAUUCUCUUUUCAUCUAUUGGUUUGUUAGAUCUCAAGAAAUAUUGUAAAGUCUAUCACAAUGUAUCCUAGAAAUUAAAGGAGACGUGUACAAAUUGCUUAUUUUGUUAGACUUAACACAUCAAUAAUAAAUACCAUACAAUUCAAAGAUGUAACUCUUCACUUUUGAAAACCUGCGACAAUAGAAUCUUUAGCAUAUUUGGUUAAAAAAUUACAAAUAAUUGAAUGUCGAAAAACGAAUAAAUUCCAAAUAUUAGCUUGGUCUACUUUGAGGUAUUUUUUUUAGGUAUAUUUACAAUGUUGAUUGUGUAUAGUGCUGCCACCACUCUGACCACAAAGGGGUUAGGUUCUAUCUAAAUCCUGAUCCAGACAUUUCGAUGAU